GGAAAACGUGAUAUUCGUCUCCACCCUCGUGGUUGUGUAGUGGAUAACAACAUGAUAUGGUUUUGCUGGAUGCCGUGGAAGUGGUGUUAGGUGACCUGACUUCCCAUGCUCACCAAGAAAAUGUUGUUCCUGCCUUGAUCCCUGACAAUGUGACUCCAUAAGGACGGCAUGGCAGACCAGGAAUUUUUUGACAUGCUUGCUGCUGGCAAUGCUCCAGAGAUUGGUGCCAGUGCCGGCUGUCCCGGCUGUCUGCAGGCCCAGCAGGAGAUGGCGGAGCUGCGUAGGCAGUGGAUGGAGAUGGACCGCAUCAAGAUGAAGAUUAUCAACACCGAUCAGCUGAUCGGGCGAUACAAGCGCCUGUUGGCGCGGCACCAGGAGCAGACGCGCAGUCUGGAGGAGGGCUCGCGGCUGGUGGCGCAGCUGCACCGAGACUGCAGUCGACACGAGGCCGAGCUGGCCAGUCAGCUGGCGGAGCUGACCCGCCUGAGGGAGGAGGUACAGACGAAGUCAGCUCAGCUGAAGACAAUGUCGGAGCGGCUCGUCGAACUGGAGGACCAUAAGCAGGGCGCAGAGUCGGCCAUGGUCCAGUACAAGGUCGCCCUGACCGACCUGGAGCACAGGUCCGAGGCUGCCCUGCAGGCGGCUAAGGACAAGGUCAUCGCGGUGGAAGAGAAGCGCCGCCAGACCGUGGUGCGGGCGCUGGAGAAGAAACACCGCGAGGAGCAGCGGCGGCUCCUGCAGCACGCCGUCAUGUUCGCAGAGCGGGCCCAGAAGAACGGUCCAGUGAGAGGCAACACGGAGGCGUGAGCUGCGUGCGGCGCCGCGCGAGCGGAGGGGGCGGCGCUCGUUUGUCGUGGCGUGACGACCGCGUGCGGAGUCCGCCCGGUCACGCCAUGCUCAGUGAUCAGUCGAUCUCCGGACUCACGCCACGCCGGCGUGAUGACGCCGGCGUCGCGCCGCCGGUGCGUGGGAAAGAGCGGUCCGAAGCGGCGAGCACGGCACCCGGUCCACAUGAUCCGUUUGCGUAUGUUUGUAUUGUUUGUGUAUGUUUGCAUUGUGCGUGUAUGUAUGUUGGUAGCAUGGCCCAGCAUAGUAGCACAACUAGCUAGAAUCUGCCUCGCGAACAGCGUGUGUCCAUGCACCUAUGCUUAUUAUUCGUCAAUUACGUCUGUGCCC